CACUCCUUUCCUCUCUAAAUUCACUUUCUUUUUCCGUCCCUCCUCCUUUCCCUUCCUUCCUCGAUUUUCCAUCAUCAUCCUGUCUCUCCAUAGAAAAUUGAAAAUACAAACCAAGCGUUAGCGAGUAGUAGUAAUACGUUUCCUCUCUAAAUUUGGUAACAGUGUCGUAAGGUUUCUAGAGAGAGAAAGAGGACUCCGAUGCUGCAAAACUGAAGUCCCACUUUUUCCGGCUACUUCCUUCCUCCAAAAAGAGGAAACUAGCCCUCUCUUUCUCUCUCGAACAGCUCAGCCACAUGACCCAUUAGCCACCAUGACCUCCAUCACUUCCGUCGAAUUGAAUUACCUCGUCUUCCGUUACCUUCAAGAAUCAGGUUUUACACAUUCUGCUUUUGCAUUGGGAUAUGAGGCGGGUAUUAACAAAUGCCCCAUUGAUGGAAAUUUGGUUCCUCCUGGGGCUCUUGUCACAUUUGUGCAGAAAGGACUUCAAUACCUAGAGAUGGAAGCCAACUUGACUUGCCAGAGUGACACAGAUAUGGAUGAAGAUUUCUCAUUUCUACAACCUCUGGAUCUCAUUACAAAGAAUGUCAAUGAACUGCAGCAAAUGGUAAAAGAGAAAAAGAAAAAUCAACAGAAGAGCAGAGAUAAAGAGUCAGAAAGGGAACAUGAAGGAGAACGUGGGCGAGCAAGAGAGAGGGAAAAACAAGAUAGGGAGAAGGAACGUGAAAAGGACAGAGAGAGGAUAGAAAAGGAAAAGGAGAGAGAAAAGGAGAAGGAAAAGGAGAGAGAAAAGCAGCAUGAGGAUCACUCUAAAAGAGAAAUGGUUACGGAUCAAGAAGAUAAGGUUAUUGUCAAACGUGAAGAAAAUGGAACCUUUGGAGGACCUGAACCAAUGGAUAUUUCUACUACCUUGACGUCUCAGGCUUGUGAAAUUCCUAGUUCUGAUGUGAUAGUUUUGAGAGGACAUACUUCUGAGGUUUGUGCUUGCGCAUGGAGUCCAACAGGUUCACUUCUUGCUUCUGGAUCUGGAGAUUCAACAGCUCGGAUUUGGACGAUUCCGGAUGGCACCAGUAGAUCUAGUUUGCAAAAUGGUCCUUUAAAUGUGGCGGUGCUGAAACAUGUUAAGGGUAAAACAAACGAGAAAAGCAAAGAUGUCACAACACUUGAUUGGAAUGGGGAAGGAACUCUACUUGCAACAGGUUCUUAUGAUGGGCAAGCUAGAAUUUGGAGCACUAAUGGCGAACUAAAGACUACUUUAAGCAGACAUAAAGGACCCAUAUUUUCUCUGAAGUGGAACAAGAAGGGCGAUUAUCUUCUUACUGGGAGCUGUGAUAAAACUGCCAUUGUGUGGGAUGUGAAAACAGAGGAAUGUAAACAACAAUUUGAAUUUCAUUCAGGUCCAACACUUGACGUUGAUUGGCGAAACAAUGUUUCAUUUGCAACAAGCUCCACAGACACUAUGAUUUAUGUUGGCAAGAUUGGAGAGUCUCGGCCAAUCAAAACCUUUUCUGGGCAUGAGAGUGAAGUUAAUUGUGUCAAAUGGGAUCCGACAGGUUCAUUGUUGGCAUCUUGCUCUGAUGACUUCACUGCGAAGAUAUGGAGUAUGAAGCAGGACAAGUACGUUCAUGAUUUAAGAGACCAUGCUAGGGAGAUAUAUACCAUCAGAUGGAGUCCUACUGGUCCAGGCUCAAACAAUCCUAAUCAGCAAUUAGUCUUGGCAAGUGCAUCAUUUGACUCAACGGUGAAGCUUUGGGAUGUUGAACUAGGGAGACUUCUCUGCAGUUUGAAUGGCCACAGGGAACCUGUAUACUCUGUUGCUUUUAGCCCAAAUGGUGAGUAUUUGGCCAGUGGCUCUCUGGAUAAAUCUAUGCAUAUUUGGUCAUUGAAAGAAGGCAAGGUCGUGAGAACAUAUACGGGCAAUGGAGGCAUAUUUGAAGUCUGCUGGAACAAGGAAGGUGACAAGUUUGCUGCCUGUUUCGCCAACAACACAGUUUGUGUUUUGGAUUUUAGAAUGUAGGGUUUUCUAAAGUCCCCCCUUUGAUGCUGGAACAAGGCGGCCUUUCUGCGCUUUCCGGAAAGAUUAAGCUGAUUACUUGGCACAUAGAAAUCCAGCCAUUUGAGAGAAAAGAAGGGGAAGCACUUUGGAAAGGUAGUUUUGUUUUUCAGUUGUAGAUGAGGGCAUCACUGGCCUUAUUCAUUUUUAACUUUAGUAACUUGCAGUUGUCAUUCAAAUGCCUGCCAGGCCACUGUUUCUAGGGGGUUAGAUGGAUAGCUAGUUGUGUACAGAUUUACGUAAGUUGAAACCCUAACUCAUCACUUCUUAAAAGUGUUCAGUCUUCAUAAAUCUCUGUUUUUACAUUUUCAAUUGGUUCAAUUAUUUUGAGGCAGAUCAUUUAAUUGAUGGAAAAUACUGUAAAAUUGAACUCAUGAACCUUUCAAUCAAGUGGAUGAAUAGCACCUAUUGAUAACUCUUCAAUGCUCCA